AUGGCUAUUGACCCUCUAAUAUUGGCGCUUAACAACUUCAAAAGUUCACUCCCUAUUGAGAUUCUACAGCACUGGUUAAUUAUCGGUCUCACUCAAACCGCCCAGGUUGCCAUCUACGAUCUUGCGCUCUUAACAAAGCCUACGGAUGAGCUGUCAGUGUCGAAUCUAGCGUUCGAGCCCAGGCGCAUCGAGUACUUUAUGGAGCUUCUAGAGACCAGUAAAGCCUGUCGAGAACACGCUUGGAAUGGCGGCGUCAUAGGUCUGACGGCUCCAUCGAUGCUCGUAUUCUCGUAUUGUAUCAAGACCUUGUACAGAUUCGCCAGCCUCAAAGGAAUCCCAGACUGGAUACCACCCAUCGUCCAAUCAAGCUUCGACAUCGUGCAAUGUCUAGAGAGGUUUGCCGAGAUUGCUGAGCAGGCUAACAUGGAAUUCAAAGCCAAGACAGGCGAGGAUACUCUAUUUGCUGCAGCUGCGGAAACGCUAAGGGGUAUGGCACCAAAUUGGAAACUCCCUACGAGCGAGCACGAUGAUGCCAUGGGCAGCACAGUGGACGGAUGGAAUGACGGGUUUGGUGAUAUGGGGGUAAUGGACUUUGCGAGCGACUUCUGGAUGCCUAGCGUUUUCAAUCUUUGA